AUUAUGAGAAAGAGCAUUACACAAAAUUUAAAUUUAGAGAGUUAAUAGGCUUGCAAUAUGAAAAAGGCAAAUUCAAGCAGAAAGAGUAAUAUCAUGUCUAAACAUGAAAAUUGGAAUAUUGUUACUUUUAUUUAUUGGUUUGGUAGCUAGUCAAUCUAGUGAAUCCAAUUCUGCUGCUCCUGAGAUUGUUUGUGCCAUGUCAUUAUGCCCCUCUGCUACAGCGGGUUUAUUAAAGCGUGAAGACCCCGCUUGCCCUUCUCAUUGUGCAGAUAAUUGUCGAAUUAUUGAUGAUGUUUGCUGUCCUGGUUCAAAAAAGGCUAUCUGUAAUUUCAAUCCUGACUCGGCUAACAAUACAACAGCGACUGAUAUGACUACUACUACUACUACUUCCAUGACAAUUCCCGUUUCCACGACAACUGCCGCAGUCGGUAGCGCCACUAGUAGUAAUAAUGCUGCAAAUACAGCUACUACUACUACUACUAAUGCAGCUACAACUACAGCUACAGAAGUAAGCGGUGCUAUUAAGGAAAUAGGACCCAGCUUAUUCUUUACUAUCUUAAUAAUGUCAUAUUGCGGAUAUUUAAUUAAAUAAAUAAAGUCCAUUAAUUAUUAAACUUUUUUUUUUUUCACUUUUUAUUUC